AUGUGUGAGGACAACCAGACUGAAGUCAUAGAAUUUCUUCUUCUGGGGUUUCAAGGACUUCACAAUUACAGGUUUCUUCUCUUCGUUGUGUUCCUUCUUCUGUAUGUGGCGAUCCUAACCGGAAAUCUGCUCAUAAUUAUAUUGGUGACAGUCAAUGGCCACUUACAUAUCCCAAUGUUCUACUUUCUAAAACACUUAGCCUUAGCCGAUGUUGUAGUUACGACCUGCAUAGUACCGUUAAUGUUAGAUGUCACAAUAAUGGAAGGAAGGAGAAUAUCUUUUGUUGGCUGUAUAGUCCAACUCUACGUCUUUGCGAUUUGUGUAUUUGUACAAUGCCUUCUUCUUGCAGUGAUGUCUUACGACCGAUACCUGGCAAUCUGCAAUCCGCUGAGUUACGCUCUCAUUAUGGUUCCUAAUGUUUGCUUGCUACUGGUUUUGGGGUCUUGGCUGCUGGUUUUUACUUUAGGAUCAAGUGAAAUCUUCUUGUUAUGCCAACUAUAUUUUUGUGGACGCAAUGACAUCAACCACUUCUUCUGUGAUUUUGGUCCUCUGGUGGAACUGUCUUCUUCUGACACAUCCAGAUUGCUGAUGUUAGACUUGAUUAUGUCCAUUCCUAUAUUAUUUUCACCACUUGUCUUUAUAAUCACUACUUAUAUUCUAAUUUUCUUUACUAUUGUAAACAUUCCUUCCAAAGGGGGAAGGGAAAAGUUCUUCUCCACCUGUGGUCCUCACCUGAUCACCGUUUGCACUUAUUAUGGGACUUUGAUUAUGGUUUAUACGGUCCAGUCAGACGAGAACUCUUUCAACAUAAACAAGUUCAGAUCUUUGUUGUACAUUGUGGGGACUCCAUUGAUGAAUCCCAUCAUAUACAGCUUUAGGAACCAGGAGCUAAAAGCAGCGCUGCGAAAGGUAGACGCUGCCCUGGGUGGCAUUCACAUGGCUGUGGUUUGGGGAAGGCCUCUGGGAAUUAGCAUCUCCCUGAGGAUAACGGACGUCUCCAAGCAAUUCGAAAGAGCUGGGAUUUCACCGUACCUUAUUAUAAAACGGGACACUCAGAAUUCUCAGAAAGCCACAGCAGACCUUCGCAAGAUGCAGGGAACUCUGGGAUACUCCGGGAUAUCUUAUUUUGGUUACGCUUCAGAGCUUCCCUAUACCUUAAAGAACAUGAGAUAA